UAUGUGUGCUGAAACACAGAGUCGAAAACAAACAACGCACGACAUUCUCCGUUUCUCAUCAAACUAGAUUAUUUUACGUUCUCUCUGCAAAGCGUUGGAAUUUCUGUUCUUCUUUCAUCACCCAAGAACAGAUUACGUAAUUGAAUUAAGUUUUGAGUCUCAUUGUUUCCGUAAAUUAUGUCUCUGGUUUCGGUCGGAAUGGGUGCUCUGAGAACGUCAUUUCAAAUGCUGUUUGAUGCUGUAAAAUCAGCGCAGGAGGAGAAUACAAUGUUCCAACACCUACUCGGAAACAUCAAAUCCACACUGGAAUCUCUACAACCACUUAUCAAAGACAUCGAAAAGUAUAACUCCAAGGAGGGGCGGGAAAAUUAUGCAAUACAGAUGGAGGAAGGAGCAAAGCUUGUUCAAAAGUGCAGCAAAGUUGGCGUGUGGAGAAAACACACAUACACCAAGAAGCUUAAUCAACUGGACAAAUCUCUUCGAAGAGUGUUUGAUGUGCUUAAACUGCAGGUUAUGAGGGAUGCGAGGGAGACGUUGGUUCCUUUGAGGAAUAUCGAGACGGUGCUCUCUCGAAUAGAAGAGAGAUUGAAGAUAAAAAAUAACCAGCCUGAAAUGGUUAAAUGUUCGUCUGCGGUGCCUGAAGCGCCAUCGGUUACAGUCGGGUUGGAUUUGCCGUUGAAGGAGUUGAAGGUGAAGCUCCUUAAGGAUGAAAAGGUGUCUAUGCUUGUGCUGACCGCUGCUGGAGGAUGCGGGAAAACCACCUUGGCUAAAAUGUUUUGUCAAGAUCAAGAAGUCAAAGAUACAUUCAAGAACAACAUCUUCUUUGUCAAUGUCUCGAAAAAACCCAACUUGGACCUUAUUGUACACGAACUAUAUCAACGGAAGGGGUCCGAGCUGCCUGCUUUCGAAAACGAAGACAUGGCAGCUAACUGGUUGCAACAAUUUCUGAUGGAAUCAAGACAAAAUCCUCUACUGUUUGUCCUGGAUGAUGUUUGGUCAGGAUCAGAGUCCCUUCUUGAGAAGUUUGAUCAAUUCAAGUUUUCAAAUUACAAGAUUUUGGUCACAUCAAGAUUUGCAUUUCCAAGAUUCGGUUCUCCUUAUCAUUUGGCACCAUUGAAUGAUGAAGAUGCAAUGGCUCUUUUUCACUAUUCUGCAUCCUUGGAAGAUAAGAGCUCUUAUACUUACGAAGAUCUUUCGAGAAAGAUUAUCAAGCGCUGUAAGGGAUGCCCACUUGCCAUUGCAUUGGUUGGGAGAUCACUUCGCGGCCAGCCUAUAGAAAUCUGGCAGAAAAGAGUAGUGGAAUGGUGCAAAGGUUCAUCUAUUCUUGAUUCUGACAAGGAUUUACUUGCUUGCCUCCAAAGCAGCUUAGAUGCCUUGGAUAAGGAGAAGGUUAUCAUCAAGGAAUGUUUCCUCGAUCUAGGUUCUUUUCCGGAGGACCAAAGAAUUGCUGCUGCCGCUCUCAUUGAUAUGUGGGCGCAGUUAUAUGGUCUAGAUGAAGAAAUUCUGACCAUUGCCAACCUUCACGAGCUCACCGCUCGAAGUUUAGCUAAUCUUGUUGUCACAAGACAUGAGAGGGAGACAGAUGGCUAUUACACUGAACACUUUGUCACCCAGCACGACAUGCUUAGAGAGUUGGCGAUCCAUCAGGCGAGUCAAGACCCAAUAGAACAUAGGAAACGACUAUUUAUAAACAUAUGUGGGGUCAAACUUCCUAAGUGGUUGACAGAACAAAAGUAUAAAGCGAUCAAGGCUCGACUAUUAUCUAUCUCAACAGAUGGAGCCUUCUCAGCAAAAUGGCCAAACAUGCAAGUACCCGAAGCAGAGGUUCUAGUUCUGAAUUUUCAAACAAAGAACUAUGCCUUACCUGAGUUUGUGGAGAAAAUGGAUAAACUAAAAGUUCUAAUACUAAAUAAUUAUGGUUUGUUACCUGCUGAACUAGAUAAUUUUGAACUACUUGGUUCGCUAUCAAAUCUUAAGAGAAUUAGAUUAGAACAUAUUUCAGUUCCUUCCAUAAGCAAGGUCCUCAAACAGUUGAAAAGUUUGCAAAAGAUAUCUUUUUUCAUGUGUGAUAUCGGCCAAGGUUUCGUCCAAAUUUUAGAUGCACUGCCAAAUCUAGUGGAAUUAAACAUUGAUUAUUGCCAUGAUCUGGUGCAACUUCCUGCCAACCUAUGUGACCUUGUUCACCUUAAGAAGCUUAGCAUCACCAACUGUCAUAAGCUAUCUGCCUUGCCUGCAGACAUUGGAAAGCUAGUCAAUCUAGAAGUGUUGAGGCUUAGGUCAUGUGCAGACUUGUUAGAGUUGCCAGGCUCGAUUAGGAACCUUGAAGUUUUGAAAUUUCUCGACAUAUCCGAUUGCUUUAGCAUAAAGGAGUUGCCCGAGGACAUUGGUGCAAUGUGCAGCAUGGAAAAGAUCAACGUGAGCCAGUGUUCAAGACUGAGAGAGCUGCCUGCUUCUGUUAUGGAUCUUGAGCAGUUGAACGAAGUGAUAUGCGACGAGGAGACGAAAACCUUAUGGGAACCCUUCUCGCCAUUUCUCACAAACAUGAGCGUAAAGGUGAUCAAAGAAGAUAUCAACCUAAAUUGGCUCAACAAGCUUCCAUCCUAAGGCUAUGGUCCUUCCAUCAAUGAGUGUUGGUGCAAUGUAUGCAGUAUGAUUGUGUUUAAUGUUAUUUUUCCUUUGUAAUUUACUUCUAUUUUAUGUUUUAUGUGUUUUUAAAUAACAUGGCAGCACUGUAAAUUAUUGUAAUUAUUCACCAUGGCUGUUAUUGUAAAUAACAUGUUUGCACUCCUCA